UCCUUUGGGACUGCAAAUCUUCAUAUCUCCACAACAAGGUUUCUUUUGAAUAUUCCGAAUUUUCCGGCUAACAGUCUUACUGGCGUCGGAUGUGGACAAGUUGCUUGCGAUGGUCCUAAUUUGCCAGACUAUCAACUCGCUAUUCCUACCAAGUUACUUUUUGACGAUGUUCCUACUGGCGUACCAAAUGGAACACCUAAUGAUUUCUUCAUAGAUUUAUGGGAUAUACAAAGUGAAUAUAGUGGUGCAUUACGGCCUUGA